AUGGAUGGAAAUUGGCCGUCUCCCGUUCCUCGUCGCUUUACUCCUUUAGGUGAUGCACACGGCAGCAGCAUCGAGCCCCGCGAUCUAUCUCGGUCUCCGUCUCUCUCGCCUACGCCGGCCAUCUCGUCCUGUCCCUCGCCCGACCGCACCUUUUCGACCGUCUCGUCCAUCUCGAAUUUCUCAGGCGAUGCCAGGUCGUCCGUCUCAGCCGUCUCAGCGUCGGCGGGCACGCGGAGGAGAGGCUACAUCCGUCCCCAGGGCGCUACGUUCGCCGAGUCAGCGAAGAACCGCGAGAGCGUGAUGAGUCUGGGCAGCAUCGCACAUCUACAGUACUACUUUGCCCGGACGGGUCUACUGGACGGGAAAGGGGCGCAGAUGGCGAAGGCGAGGAAAAGCACUACAGAGACAGAUAUACCCAAGCUUACGCUGAGCCAGCAAGUGCAUCUGGGCGGUGAUCUGGUGGAGAGCCCGAUCGAAGGGUUUGCGGAGUUUGGGGACGAGGCAGCAGGGUGGGAGGAGGACGAAGAGCAUGAACCGCUCAUGCUGCCGCCGACGGUGAGCACGUAUAGCAUCCGGACACACUACAUACCGCCGCCGCCGGACCUGAACGCGCUCAGACAUGAUUUGCAGACCGCGCUGGAGAAGGCGAGACAUGUUCUGACGGCGAGCAAGGACGAGUUGGCAGCGCAGAAGAAGGCAGCUAGCGAGCUGAAUACGGCGGAGGGACUGUCAGAGACAGAGGCAGAUGCCGAGAUAGAGGACGACGAGCAGCAACAGCAGCAGCAGCAGCAGAAGCAGACGCCGUCGAAGAAGCAUCCGAAGGGCUGGGACGAGAUCGAAGGCAUGCACAUCCUGGACCUGGUCACGCUGGCCAUCCGCGCGGCGAGGAUCUACUAUACCGCCCACGAACACCCCGAGCGGCUGUCCCUGAUCAAGAGCGAGAAGGAGAUCCGGGGCGAGCUGCUGUCGGUGCUGGAGGUGCUGAAGCGGUGGGCGUCACGGUCGUUUGCAGGCGGGCUCAAGGACAAGGAACGCAGCGCCAUCCUCGACUGGAUCGACGGGGUAGGCUCGAUGCUGGACCAGGAGCGCAAGAUGGAAGAAGGCGAGAAGCACAAGCGGAAGAGCUGGACGUGGACGAGCGGCGACUGGUCCGGCAAGGAGCGAGACAGGGAGUACCAGUUCCUCCAAAACCUGCCGUCCGCCAUCAGCAACCCGCUCCCGGCCUGGGAACCCGUUGAGGAGGACCGAGAGGCGCCGUCUGCCUUUCUCGCCCGUCUACGGGACGGCCGGGAUCUGGUACGCUUCCACAACGAGGCCGUCAAGCUGUCCUAUCGCCAGUUUGAGGAGAUCAAGACCUUCCACGACGACAUUGGCAAGCCGUACCGGAUGGCCGACAACCUCCGCUACUGGGUCAAGGCCGCCGAGAUACGCUGGGAGAUCCGGCUCGAGGUCGACGUGAUGGGCGUCGUCACCGGGGACAAGCCGGAGGCCUGGAAGGGAUUUGAUGCCGCCGUCCUGCAGUGGUGCCAGGGGGUGAGGGAGGAGUUGCUGCGUGAUUGGAGCUCGCGCGAUGCUGAGUCUGUAAAGGCUCCCUCGUCGACGCUCUCGCCGAUGGCUACUGUUCCUCUCAUGGUCGCCAUCGACGACAACCCAGGCAUCAAACACUGGAAGCUGUUCAUCGACGCCGAAGCAAACCUCAAGACCAUCAUCCAUCUCCUCGGUGCUCGACAUCGUUACUUCAUCAACGUUCGAACGCCCUCAGACGCCCGAGUUACAAGCUCUGUCCUCGAGCUAUGUGAGCUCUGCCAAAUCGACCCAGCUAAGAUCGAUGCUAUAAAGAAUAUCGGGUGGAAUACGCCUGUCCGCAACGAGGUGUCAGACUAUAGCUGCCAGGAUUUGGUCCUUGACGUCUUGGAGAAGUUAGAGGAACAGGGCCUUGUCGAUGCAGACGAGCAGUAUAUGAAGAACAAGGAGACCGUCAUAUCGAAGCGCGAGUCCUGGCCAGAACCCUGGAACUGCUGGAAAGCCUUCCACAUGGAUGAGGGGGUCCGCAAAUGUUCCAGAGGUGAACGCCGGCGCGAACUCGCCAACACGAACAAGAGCAGCGACAAGACGACCAGACACAUCCUCGCGGCCGUGCAAGUGCUGGGCGAUGGCACCGUGAAGAACUGGCACAGCUGGACGAGGAAGAACAGCAACCCGACACCAAUAGUUCAGCCGCUACCGACGCCAGCUGCUGGACGGGCCAACGUAUCAAUGCCCCCAGGGACCGCUGGGCCUGGCAAGAGAUCUGGCGUCGCUGUUUCGCAGUCGACCAGCCCUCCAAGCACUCCGUCGCCCGUCGCCGUCGACCUGAUCACUCCCAAACGCUCGUCUGUUCACAGUGCUGCCCAACGCAUCGCUUCGUGGUCGCCCUCGUCCUUCCCCAGCAGCUUCAGAGGCAGCACGACGCCGGCUCCUACAACAACAUCAACAACAACACCAGCAGCCACGACGUCGUCUACCAAGAUAGAGAGAGAGACGGCUCUGGGGCACAAGGGCCGACAGUCGAUCUUUCGACGGCUCUCGCCCAGUCUCGCGGCGCGCGUGAGGUUGCUGGACGGUGCGUCGAGCAAGUCUGAAACGGCCUCCGUUCGAAGUCACUCGAAGAGCCCAGUGGGGAAGAUACCUGCCUCGCAGCUGCAGGAGCUGGAACGACAGAAUAGACACCAGUCGAUACAGGUGCAGAGGCGAGGUCGGGCGUGGAGUGGUGGACUUGUCGCGCCGCAGGGGGCUCAGGAGCCGGACUCCGACUCCUUCACUGUCCGUAGAGCGGUGGACGAGGAAGAAGAAGAAGAAGAAGAAGAAGAAGACCAUCGAGUGGACGACGGAGAGGACGAAGAGCUGUCUAUACCGAAGCAAGGGGCUACCGAUACAUCUACGAGUUUUCAGACCAUGGUAACGGCGACGGCGACGGGAGCGAGCCAUGGGCCGUCAGGAGCAUAUACAGAUAAUACCGACAUCGACCUCCCUCCGCCGCCGCCGCCCAAAGAUACACCGCCGAUACCUCAUCACUCGAGCAGCGGCUCGAACGCGUCAGAGUCGUACUUCAACCCGCUCGGCCUGAGCCGGACGGACUCCAUCUACUCCUUCUCCAGAGCUUCCUUCAGCAACCAGCUAUCCCAGCUCACCUCCAUCAGCCUGCCGCAACCGUCAACCCUGGAAGAGAGCAUCGCCUCCAUUUCCAGUGCUCCGGCCGCCGUACGGGCCCUGAGCGGCGCAGCAGAACAGAUUCAGAAAUGGACAAACAAAGCAUCCGAGGUGCUCGGCGGGCUGGAGGCGGAAGACGAUGUCGAAUGGGCUGCCGCAGGGGGCCGGGAGGGACUCGACGAUGUCGACAAGGCAGUCACCAAGUUUGAAUCUCUGAUUAAUGUCUACGUCAAGGCGAUCGAGGAGGUGCAGGUACGCGACGAUAUCGCAGAGGUCGGGUCCGAAUCCCUAAACAACAUCGUCACCCAGAUGGAGCAGACUAUUAGGAACUGGGGGAAAGUCGGAUCACUGCUGCACGGAGUCAAGGAACAGGUCGAGCUGGCCAUGGAGUGGGAAGAGCUGUGGAACGCCGUGCUGGGUGACGUAGGACUCGAGAUCGAUAACCUGUCAAGGAUGAUUUUUGAAAUGGAAGAAAAGAGACACAAGGCCGUCAUGGUCUCGGAUGCAGAUAAUGAGCCAACCACGGGCCUUGACAUUAACGAGCUGGAGACGAUUGUCGAAGAGACGCCGUCAAACGUGCCUUCGAACCCACGCCUCAACUUUGCCCCUAUCCUGCCUUCUGGCUCGCAGACACCGGGCUCGGAGAACCAGCAGGACGAAUCUAGCUUGCUGGCACUGUUUGCGCGCAUGCAGCCUCUCCGAGCAUCCCUUGACUUUUUACCCAUGAGACUGUCAAUGUUCCAGACAAGGGCGAAAGAUAUCUUUCCCAGUGCGUGUGAAGAGCUAGAAGACCGACGGCUCCGACUUGAACAAGGAUACAAGAAGCUUGAAACAGACUCCGAGGCCCUCAGAAGAGAACUGGGAGAGGAUAGAUGGGUGAUUGUGUUUAGAAAUGCAGGCAAACAGGCACACAAGAUGUGUGAAUCUGUCGAGAGGAGUGUCGGCAAGCUACAGGAGGCCAUCGAGGGAGGCAUACAACAUAAUAAUCCCACAGCAUUAGCUAAACGGGCAGAGAACUUUGAAGCAAAGAAAGUACACUAUGGGUCAGCAAUUGAGCGAGUGCUGUCUAUCAUCCAGAAGGGAAUCAACGAUAGACUCACUGUUAAUGGCGAGAUUAUUCGACUUCUCGCGGAUCUGACGGCGAGGUUCGAUGCGCUUCAGAGCGCGGUACAUUCUAUGGAUGCAUUGCUGGACGAUCUCAACAGUCGACAGCUCCGAGACUCUGUAUCGAGUAUACUCACGCUCGAGAGCCCUGCUGCUCGAAGUAUCGGUACCCCCGGAAGCUCGCCUGCUUCGUCUAUAAUAAUGUCAAACGGCAACAACAUGAACAACAGCAACAACCAUACCAUGAUCAAGGAUACCAGUCGACGAAGCAGCGUCGCAGGCGGCGGUACCACUACCUCUCGAGGAACUUCCGCAAAACUAAAGCGUCACUCUGCUCUCCCACAGCCCAGUUCCUGUGGCAUUGGACAUACUCCUCGCAAGCCGUCGAUACCUCGCGCAGUCACAACCCCUAAAAUAACAACCACCAAUACCAAUGGAAGGCCGGUAUCACGGAUAGGAGCCGUCGACCCUCUGACUGCCCUGACAUACUCCAACUACGUCCCUGACGGCCGACCGCGAUGGAACGCAACAUACAACACCAAAGAUCUCGUAGUAGGCCACGUCUACAAACAAACCCACACCCCAUCUCCAUCAUCGAACAGGAACCUGCCUGUCCCUAUCUCUUCUCGUUCGCCGCGCCCGGCUCAGCAGCAUUCCUCUUAUUCGUUUGGCCUGCGCAGUCCACUCAGCCGCGAGUCAUCCGCUUCCCCUGCCCCAGGCAGAUCGUCUAGCCGACUACACCGCGGCGUAACGGACCGUGGCAUGCUGGAUCCUGGCUCCAGCCACGGCCACGGCCACUCCCCUUCUCCAUCUCCAUCACCCAGGCCAUCAUCCAUGUUUGACCCUCCUCCAUACAGCAAGUUACGCAAACAAGCUGCUGCCGCCAACUCCAAUUCCGCCAUCACAUCCACGGCGCCGAGAGCCACGGCUUCAAAGCUAACGCCUCCCGCCCCCAUACGUAUGAGGUCAAGGACGCCAUUACCUGCUGCUCCAACACCCAAGGCAGCACCUACACCUGCCCCUGCUGCUCCUGUAUCAAAACCGGCCCUACCCUCAGCACCAAGAAGCAGACAAAGCUAUGCCGGUAUCCCCAGCGCACGAUCAUCGUCCAUCUCUACCUCGAACGAUGGCGGUGCAAAGAAAUCUGCUCCACCGCCCGCUGCUCGACCGGGAACGGCAUUGGGCCACUCUAAUCGACGGAGCAGUAUGCUUCCACUACCCAGGACAGGAGCGGCAGGCAGAUUAGGAAUGGACGGCGUUGCUGGUGGUAAAAAGGAUGAUAGACCGCCGUGGAGGUAA